AUGCCGUACAAUACUCGUCGCAAAUCGUUGUCGUUGCCGAGCCUUGGGAUCCAUGUUCCCACGAGCAAUGCGGCGCGCGCCUCCAUGUUAUCGUCUACAAAGUCAAGCAGUCGAUCCUCGACAUUCUCGACAUCGUCCUCGUCGCGGCCCUCGACAUCGCAGCCAGAUACCCCCGACUCGCCCCCCAGCAAGCGCAUCAAGCGAUCCCACGACGAGGAUUCCGUCGCCGUGGUGGACACAACGCCUCCCGCGUCGCCGACUCCUGCGACCAGCGUUGAGAUGCCCGACCCCGAACCGGUGCGAAGAAAGGUCGACUUGGAGGGCAUCAACGACGACAUUGUCGAGGCGGUCAUUACGCAGCUCCAAAACACCGACAACCAGCCCCAUCUCAUCAAAGACCUGGCCCUCAUGCUCGCGUUGACGCUUAGAUCCGUCCAAAAUUCCGCCAACCCGUGCGCUAUCAUUUCAUCACGAUUGGCUUCGUACAUGAAGCGCCCUUGCUGGACGGCGCUGGCACCGUGCCCCUUGGCCAAGGAACUCGAGACGGUCCAUCCUCGUCGCACAUACUACUUCCUGACCACUCUCCCACGUCAGCCGUUGCCCGAGUCGGGCGUCAUACCGCCAGCCGUCACUCUCGCCAGUGCCGUUGCGGAUCUCACGCCUUCCGUGUCGUUGACAGACGACUCCGGCUCCGACUCGUACGAAGAUCGUCGCCGUCAGUUGAGUCCGUCUCCCGAACUCGACUUGCCAUACUGCGACUUUGAUCUCCUGGACGACAUGCCCGAUACACCCAUGGGUUCGCUACCCAAGCCAUCCUUUCCCCCCCGCGAUCUCAGGUCCCUGCCGCACGACCUUCCCCCGCUGGAGAAGGACGAGCGCGAGUUCACACAGACGGCGGACACCUUGCUGAAGCGCAAGUUCAACGAGCCCCCCUCCACCUCGCAAGAGCUGGCCACUGCCGAGUACGGGUAUCGCGACGAGCUGUGGUUCGGCGACAGCAACACCACAGCCUUCCUCACAAGCCCAGCCAUGAGACCCAGUGCCGGGUCAAGCAGUCGCAAGGACGAGGAGGCUGACAAUUGGCUUCGCAUGCACAAGCUCUUUGAGCUUGACCAGACGGCUGGCGCCGAGAGUAUCGAGAUUGAUGAGCUUGACGGCCUCCUGGAGGGGUGUUGA